CACAAAUUGAAUACAAAACGCGGUAAGACGAAAGAAAAACAAAAAUGGCGGAAGCCCUCGCGGAGUUGGAACAAUUUUUGGGCAGCGAUGUAAGACCAGACUUGAAGGAUCAGGCGCUGCAACAUAUAUUAGGAAUCAGCGCGUCUGAUGAAGGAAGACGUUUGUUUUUAGAGGCCCCUGGGCUCGUGGGUGCCUUGCUGGAGGUCAUAGGCCACUGGAAUACACCUUCCCUUGCAAGAGAUGCUGCUCUUGCCCUAAUUAACCUCUCAGCAUCACCUCUCCUGAGUAAAUUUCUUCACGAAAAGGGUGGAGUUGAAGCGUUACUAAAAUUCAGCCUUGAUCCCGAAAGCCCUGUAGCGGACCCAGCACUUAUGACCCUUUGUAAUAUUACGAGAGAUUCCAAAGCAGUGGAAUCAGCUUGGCCUACCCUGGAGUCUCAGCUGUGUGAAAUUUUGAAAGCCCUUUCCCAUGUUGAAUACAACAAAAAAGGACAAACCCUUCACUAUCUGGCUCCACUAAUUUCCAACUUGACUCAACUGGCUGCUGCUCGGAGUUUGUUGCUUAAGGGAACUGGACUUAUGACCCUGGCUGCAUUCACCAGAUUCGAGGCUUCCGUUGUGAGAAGAGGUGGCGUAGUGUCUGCUUUGCGCAAUUUGUGCUUCGAAGACGCAGCCGUGGACUUUGCAAACGAUUUGCUGCCUCCCCUUCUGUUGCCAAUUGCAGCAUCCGAUACUGCGUACACUGAUGAAGAGACAGAAAAGUUGCACAUCGACUUACAAUUUCUACCUCCUGAGCACCAGAGAGAAUUAGACCCGGACCUGCGCCGACUUAUCCUUGAGGCUCUGUCUCAGUUGGCUGCCACUAAAGAAGGCCGAGAAGCGCUUCGUGAAAAUGGCACUUAUCUUGUUCUUCGAGAACUUCAUAAAUGGGAAGAGGAUCGAGAGGCGUUAUUAGCGUGCCAGAAUUUAGCGGAGUUAUUAAUCAGGACUGAGGAUGAAAUUGGUGUGGAUGAUCUGAAAAAGUUGGAUGUUCCACAGCACCUAGUUACUUCUUUCGAAGCCAUGGACAAAGACUUUCUUGGGUUAAAAGAAUAAGUUUCAAAAUUGGUGAUGACAAUAAAUUUUUUUGUAUAUUAUUCGA